GCACAAAUGCAGCUGUUGUGUGUGCAUAUAUGUGUGUGAGUGUGUCUGCAUGGACCUUUCUGGAUGUGCUGUGCUCACACAACUUCUGAAAAGCGGCCCUCCUGUCUACCUCUGAUCUAGGAAGCAGAGCAGGAUGACUCUUCAGUGGACGGCAGUGGCCUUCUUUCUCUAUGCAGAGAUAGCCAUCAAUCUCAUCUUGUGUGUCCCAUUCAUAUCAGCACAGAGAUGGCGCUUGGUUUUCAGUUGGAAAAUAUGGACGUGGUUAUCCCCUUACUGGAACAAGUGUUUCUUCGCCAUGAUCAUGGUUCUCAUUGUUCUUUUCCUCGAUGCAGCUCGUGAGGUGCACAAGUACUCAAGCCCUGAAUCCAUACAAGAGGUGAAGGUGAACUCCAAUCUCUUCGACCACCUUCACAUGAGGCUCUUCAGAGCUCAGAGGAACCUCUACAUCUCGGGCUUCUCACUCUUCCUGUGGCUUGUCAUGCGGCGGGCUAUCAUCUUGCUCAACCAGGUGGCUGUCACGGCACAGAAUAAUGCAGCUCUUCAAGCGCAGAUGGAGAACGCUGCCAAAGCCGCCAACCAACAUCAAGAGGACAACCGUGUACUCAAACAAACUCUCUUAGGUGAGGAAAAAGUAAUUUCAGAAAAGAAUCAUCAGCUGAAGCUUGAAGUCAAGAGCCUGUCCAAUCAGCUGAAGAUGGCACAAGAGGCCAUUCACAAAUCCCAUGCUGAAGUGGAGACCAUGAGAAGUCAGACCAAAGGUCUGGCCAAGGAGUACGAUCGACUGCUGAGCGAGCAUCAUCAACUCCAGAAUCUUCAGAGUGCCGCAGACAAAAAGAUCCAAUGAAAUACAUGGAAGGAACUGUCAAUACAUCAAGGGGUCAUAUUUUGGAAAAUGUAUUUUCAUUGUUUGUAUAUAAAUAGUGGUAGCUUCAGAUUGAGGUACCAGCUUGGUCAUGGAAUGAAUUAAACUGAGAACUCAAGGUACCACAGUUGGUUUUGUUUACUGGAGUGCCUGACAACCCACCAACUGUGAAAUUAAACAACUAAGACAA